AUGGCCACAUACUGCGAUGGCCUGGGCUCCUGUUCGACUCCGCACUGCGGGGCCGGGGCCGCGAAGCACCACCCGGGGUACACGCAAGAAGAUGUGGGCGCUGUGGGCGGUGGCCCGCACCUGUGGGUGAACGCGCCCGUACUCAGCCCGCCAUCAUACACGUCGGGCCCUGCGCCCACGCCGCCCUAUGUGGCCCCGGGCCAGCUCCUCGGCGGCCCGGGCGGCCUGGCUGGUGCAGACUUCGCGUGGCUGGGCGUCUCGGCCCAGCAGGAGCUGCUGAGGCUGGUGCGGCCGCCCUACUCAUACUCGGCGCUCAUUGCCAUGGCCAUCCAGAGCGCGCCCCUGCAGAAGCUGACGCUCAGCCAGAUCUAUCAGUACGUGGCCGGCAACUUCCCCUUCUACAGGCGCAGCAAGGCGGGAUGGCAGAACUCCAUCCGCCACAACCUGUCGCUCAACGACUGCUUCAAGAAGGUGCCCCGCGACGAGGACGACCCAGGUAAAGGCAAUUACUGGACCCUGGACCCAAACUGUGAGAAGAUGUUUGAUAACGGGAACUUCCGAAGGAAGAGGAGGCGGCGAGCGGAAGGAGAUGGGGCCGCGCUCUCGGCAGCCCGGAGCCCAGGAGCAGCCGAGGGGUCCGCGCUGGAGUCCCCGGGCGCGGCCUCCCCAAACCUGCAGCCCUCUCCAUCCCCGCCCGCGCCUGAGGCCUCCACCUGCUUCUCCAGCUUCGCUUCCACCAUGGGCGCCCUGGCUGGUGGCCUUGGCGCCUUCCCGGGGGGCCUCGUGGGAGACUUUUCUUUCGGGAGGCGGAUGGCGGUCGCUACCCAUGGUCCCCACGUCCCGGGUUCCGCUCCUGGCUUUGCCUCUGGCUGCCAGACCGCGGCCACCGGCUUCCGUGUCAGUCACCUCCUUUAUAGCUCUGAAGGGACCGAAAUUUGA